AAUUUUUUUUCAUAUUGGAAUCCAUUUGUUUACUCUCGGAAGCAUUUUGUCGCCGUUUGUACCAAAUGAAUGACUUUUCUUUUCAUAGUCAAACAUCGGGACCCGCUGCCAGCUGGCAAAAGAGUUGUGUUAAGACAACAUUAGACAAAGAUCUUUCCACUCGCGAUUAAAGAAGAGGCAAAAAACAUUUCUUUGCGAUAAUUCCGCUACUUCAAGGAACAUGAACGGAGAACAGACAGUGCAGUGUGUUUUACUCGACAACAAUCAAUAGAGAAAUCUAUUUUAAGCUCACUGUGCGUGAACUUGAACCUGAAGAUGACACUGCUAGCGGUGGUUAAAAGCUUCGUUAUCCUACUCUCGUCGGUCUCAAUCGCCGGUAAUACACUAGUGUGUUUCAUCAUUCUCGGCUCGGUACCGAUGCGGACCACAAUGAACUAUCUACUGCUAAACCUCGCUAUCCUAGACAUUCUAACGGGCCUUCUAGCACUGCCCGUGGUGACUAUCUUCAGCUCGUUUUCUACCGGCCCGAUUGACCAUAGCGGUGUUAAUCACACCUUGUCAUCAUCGUCUAUGGUCGGGGAUCUAGUUUGCAAGAUCCGUCCCCUAUUCUGGCUGAGCGGUUCAGUCUCGCCGUUGUUUCUGGUGGUAAUCGCUUACGAGCGCUUUAUCGUAGUCACCCGACCGCUGAAUACCAUCUGCGGGAUAAGUGACAGGAAGCUUUGCAUAAUCAUAGCUGGCUGCUGGGGCCUGGGCUCUGCUCUUCAGGUGCCUGAUCUCGUUGCUGUUAGUUACCAUGGAGAUGGGAUGUGUUCGUACGGUGCGGAAGAUUCGUGGUUCUCGCGGGAGUGGUUCGCUGGUGUACUGACAGUAGUUAUAUUCGUGGUUCCGUCAACUGUUAUCGUGAUUCUGUACGUAAAAGUGGUGCGAUGUUUGACGAGUGGUAGCGAGCAGAUUGGUCUGCAAGCCGUAGCGAAGACGGCCAGGGACAAGAGGUACAUGCGCAUCACCAAGAUGAUCAUCAUAAUCACGCUCAUCUUCAUCAUAUGCUGGGGGUUCUGCUAUAUUUCAUUCUUAGUAGAGCAACUCGUCGAUGUACCAUACUCGGACAUCUUACUACACACGAAGCAUCUGAUGAUGUGUGUUAACUCCUGCGCUAAUCCCUUCAUCUACUUCAUUUUCUUUCGAAGUUUUCGAGAAAAGAUCCAGAAAAUGACUAUGGCAUGUUUGUGUUGGAGAAGAAAAGAUUACAAAGUAAAUGUACACAACAAAGCACUAAGAACAAUUGGUACCGAAAACAUGGCUUUGAGCUGUGUUUACAUAACGAGGGAAACAUGAGAAUGGUACUGAACCACGGACUAUAGGAUAAUCUGACUCCGAAAUGAAGUUUAAUGCCUUGUUAGUGUUGAAUAAAGCACGUAACGACGCGCUUUGUAACCGCCGCCGCCUGGUAAAUGGAACACGACCCCCAGUGGCGCGUUUUUUUAUCCUUCCUUCCGUAACCGCGGCGGCGGUUACAUAGCGCGGCGAUGAGCUCACUGGAGGGGCGAAACCAAGGCGAAUACAUACAGUUAACGUAGGAAUACGUGCUUUAUUUAACACUAACAUGACAUUAGACUUCAUUUCGGAGUCAGAUUAUCCUAUGGCCCGUGACAGAACUAAUGGUAAAUAGUUUGCUUAACAACCGCUUUUA